AUGUCAUUAUUUGCAUCACUUUCAAAGAUUGGAUCAAUCAACAACACCAACUCUAUUAAACAAUCAUGUUCUUCCUCUUCAAAUAACUCAAUGAUUAUUUCAAUGAACAAUGGAAGCAGUAUUCAAUCUGAAAAUAUGAAUGCCUUCUCCAAACCAUUCUGGGGAAAAUGGGUUAAAAUUGAUGGAUUAGUACAUGGAGGAGAGGAGAUAUAUAGAAUUGAUCUCAUCAAUCACGGUCUUGCAUUUUGGUGCCUUCUAUUUCCAGAGCCAUCUCUGCGGCUUUUGCUUGAGAGAAUCCCAGUCUAA